AACUAGAGCUCCUCCCAUCAGGGAAUUGUGGUAAUUCCCCCCAAACAACGUGCGCGACUUCGCCUCAAAAUAUUUUGGCUUUUUUCGACAGCUUCAGAGCGUUUCCUUUGUAUUUGACGGUGAUUCAUUUCGGUGGGACAGCAGCUGCGGAACGUACGAGCGCUUGGCCUCCUGGGUCCUCCUCAUUCUCUCUCGGCCUGCAGAGAAAGGACAGACUAUGGAAGAACAAAAUUUCAUGACGCUGUGGGAGAGCGUACAAGCUCCUUAUAUCUCUGACAUGCCAGCAGAAACUGACACCAUAGCUGGACCCAUGGGCAUGCUGCUCAUGGAUGUUCAAGACCUUCCUGACAAGUUUGAUGAGAAGCUGUUUGAGUUGUCUCCAGUGAUGGAAACCAAAGAUAAUGUCACACCCCCGUCCUCCACCGUGCCAGUUACCACGGACUGGCCUGGGGAGUGCGAUUUGGAGCUUCGUUUUCAGAAAUCUGGCACGGCCAAGUCGGUCACUUCCACUUAUUCACCGGAGCUUAACAAACUCUACUGCCAAAUGGAGAAAACGAGCCCUGUGGAGAUUCUUGUGACUAAAGAACCGCCACAUGGUGCGGUUCUCAGAGUAAUGGCUGUCUACAAGAAGACGGAACAUCUGGCAGAUGUGGUCCGCAGGUGUCCACAUCACCAGAAUGGAGACGCUGCAGACCAUCGCAGUCAUUUGAUCAGAGUGGAGGGCAGCCAGAGGCCUCAGUAUCUUGAGGAUUAUAACACAAAAAGGCACAGUGUGACUGUUCCCUAUGAGCCGCCCCAGCCGGGCUCAGAGAUCACCACCAUCCUACUCAGCUUCAUGUGCAACAGCUCCUGCAUGGGAGGCAUGAACCGCAGACCCAUCCUCACCAUCCUGACCCUUGAGACUUCAGACGGACAACUUUUGGGCCGAAGAUGCUUCGAGGUGCGUGUCUGCGCGUGUCCCGGCAGGGAUCGUAAAACAGAAGAGGCAAAUAGUGCCAAACUGCAGACAGGGGCCAAACAAGUGAAGAAAAGAAAAAGUGCCCCAGCACCACCUCCUGAUAUGUGCAAAAGGAAGUCUAGCUCCAGCACAGAUGAGGAGGAAGUUCUUAUGUUGCCAGUUAAAGGCCGUGAGCGCUAUAACAUGUUAAAAAAGAUAAAUGAUGCAUUAGAACUGGCUGAAAAAGAGGAUAAAAACAAAAACAGGGCUUCUAAGGAACUGCUGCCGUCCAGUGGAAAGCGUGUCCUGCAAAAAGCAGAAAGAAGCGACAGCGACUAGUUGCAAUCUGCCUUCUUUUUAACUGCCAUGUUAUGUUCAGUGUUGCUUCCUGGCCAACAUCCCUCAGCAGGAGGCUGCAUGAUCGAGUUCAGAUGAACUGCUGGAGGAGGGGCUCGUUGGAUCCCCCAGAACCUAACCUGCCUUUUCAGUAGCUGUUGACUGGGGGAGGGGGUGUUGGAAGAGGAACUUUAUGAAUCUCUUGUCGGUAUUAAGGAUUUUAGACAUUGAUCAUGAUUUAAUGUAACUUUUUGUUUUCUUUUAUUGAUCUUUGAUGCCAUUGGGUUGGACCAAAGCUGUUUUUGACACCUAAGGCGUUUGUUUUCUUUUAUAGAUUCUUUUGCAGCAUACUUUUGUAUCAGAGCUUUGUGUUUCUAUUUUUUUUUUUACUGCAUUUUGUAACUGGGUGCAUUUUGUUACUCAAAUGUAAAAGUGAAAAUAAAAGCAGGAUAUCGGA